GGCCGCUCAGGCUGCUGCAGCCUGGGGCACGCUGAAUUCGGAGGGAUCAGGUGCUGUUUCUGGAAUUCUCCCCGACCUCACCUCCACCAGCGUGAACAAAUAAAGUUUGAACCGGCUUCUCCAUGGCCUGGGCACCCCUUCCCGGCUGAGCCAUUUUCUUUUUGGCUGAAAGCCCCCGCCCAGAGGCCGAUUCGUCGCGGCGGCGGUGGGGAAUCGCAGGUCGCUCAGGCUUGCAGAUGGGUCAGGGGCUGUGGAGAGUCGCCAGAAACCAGCAGCUACAGCAGGAAGGCUACAGUGAGCAAGGCUACCUCAGCAGAGAGCAGGGCAGGAGGAUGGCUGCCAGCAGCAUUUCUAACACCAGUCAUCGCAAACAAGUCCAAGGGGGCAUUGAUAUAUAUCAUCUUUUGAAGACAAGGAAAUCGAAAGAACAGGAAGGAUUCAUUAAUUUGGAAAUGUUGCCUCCCGAGCUAAGCUUUACCAUCUUGUCCUACCUGAAUGCAACUGACCUCUGCUUAGCUUCCUGUGUUUGGCAGGACCUGGCCAAUGAUGAACUUCUCUGGCAAGGGUUGUGUAAAUCCACUUGGGGUCACUGUUCCAUAUACAAUAAGAACCCACCUCUAGGAUUUUCUUUUAGAAAAUUGUACAUGCAGCUGGAUGAAGGCAGCCUCACCUUUAAUGCCAACCCAGAUGAGGGAGUGAACUACUUUAUGUCCAAGGGCAUCCUAGAUGAUUCACCAAAGGAAAUAGCAAAGUUUAUCUUCUGUACAAGAACACUAAAUUGGAAAAAACUCAGAAUCUAUCUUGAUGAAAGGAGAGAUGUCUUGGAUGACCUUGUAACACUGCAUAAUUUUAGAAAUCAGUUCUUGCCCAAUGCACUGAGAGAAUUUUUUCGUCACAUCCAUGCCCCUGAAGAGCGCGGAGAGUAUCUUGAAACACUUAUAACAAAGUUCUCACAUAGAUUCUGUGCUUGUAACCCUGAUUUAAUGAGGGAGCUUGGCCUUAGUCCUGAUGCUGUCUAUGUACUGUGCUACUCUUUGAUUCUACUUUCCAUUGACCUCACUAGCCCUCAUGUGAAGAAUAAAAUGUCAAAAAGAGAAUUUAUUCGAAAUACCCGCCGUGCUGCUCAGAACAUUAGUGAAGAUUUUGUGGGGCACCUUUAUGACAACAUCUACCUUAUUGGCCAUGUGGCUGCAUAAGAGCACAAUUGCUAGGACUUUAACUUUUAACUUCAAACUAAAACUACCCAAGGACUUAUUUAGAGGAUAUGGGGGUUACAUUAGUGCUGGUCAUUCUAGCCUCUGUAUACAAUCAAGCUUGAGUGUACAACCUUUUUUUCUUUUACUCUUUUCUUUUUUAGUAAUUUCCUUGGGGAACUAAAGAAUUUUGCAGAAUUUUUCUUAAUUUUGCUUAUCAUGUUUUGCACAAAGCAGAGACAUUGUCUGACACAGCUGUUUAAGAAUGUUAAACUGACAUUAUACUCUAAAAAAGAUGGUAUAUUUGUGCAUUAGAUUUGCCUGAAAAACUUUAUUCAUUUCCAUUCUUUUUUAAAAUACCAUGUAAUGUGUACAUAUUUAACUAAAAAGAUUUAUAAUCAUAAUUAUUUUAUUGUAAAGAUUUUAACUAAAGCCUUUCCUUUUUCUCUCAAA